UCGCAUUCAUUGCUCCACGGACAUAAAUAAUUAGCUCGCACAUUUAUCUCUAUACAUCAACCCCUCCCUCGCUAGCUAGCUACUACACUGCAGCAUGACGUCGUCGUCGGAGCCAUUGCCGGAGUUCUUGAGCUCGGUGAAGCUCAAGUAUGUCAAGCUGGGGUACCGGUACGUGAUCAGCAAGUUGGUGACCUUGGUCCUCAUCCCUGUCAUGGCGGCCCUCCUCCUCGAAGCGCUGAAGCUGGAUCCGGCAGAGGUCGUUUCCCUCUGGCGCCGAGCCCAAGGCAUGAGCGCCGUCCAUACUCUGGCCACCGUUUUCCUCCUCGUUCUGGUCGCCACCGCCUACUUCAUGUCGCGGCCGCGCCCCAUCUUCCUGGUCGACUUCGCCUGCUUCCUCCCGGCCCCAAACUGCCGCGUCCCCUUCGCCACCUACCUCGAGCACGCGCGCCUCAUGCCCUUCUUCGACGAGAAGAGUGUCCGAUUCCAGCUGCGUAUUCUGGAGCGCUCCGGCCUCGGCGAGGAGACCUGCCUCCCGCCGGAUAACCACUACAUCCCCCCGCGUAACUCCCUGGGGACUGCCCGCGCCGAGGCAGAGCUCGUCAUCUUCUCCGCUCUCGACCAGCUCAUCGCCAAGACUGGCCUCAAGCCCAAAGACGUGGACAUUCUCGUCGUCAACUGCAGUCUCUUCUCGCCCACGCCGUCGUUGUCGGCCAUGGUGGUGAACAGGUACAAGCUGCGGAGCAACAUCCUGAGCUUCAACCUCUCCGGCAUGGGUUGCAGCGCGGGGCUGAUCUCCAUCGACCUCGCGCGCGACCUCCUGCAGGCGCAUCCCAACUCCUACGCCCUCGUCGUCUCCACCGAGAUCAUCACGCCCAAUUACUACACCGGCAACGAACGCUCGAUGCUGCUCCCCAACUGCCUCUUCCGCAUGGGCGCCGCCGCGGUUCUGCUGUCCAACCGCCGGAGGGACCGCGGCCGCGCCAAGUACCGCCUGCUUCACGUGGUGCGCACCCACAGAGGAGCCGACGACCAAGCCUACCGCUGCGUGAACGAGGAGGAGGACCGCGACGGCAACUCCGGGAUUAGCCUUUCCAAGGACCUCAUGGCCAUCGCCGGGGAGGCCCUGCGAACCAACAUCACGACAGUGGGUCCACUGGUUCUGCCGGUGACGGAGCAGCUGCGCUUCCUGGCCAGUCUCGUGCGUCGGCGCUUGAUCAUGGCGGGGGCGCGGCCAGGGUGGAGGCCUUACAUCCCCGACUUCACGCGCGCCUUCGAGCACUUCUGCAUCCACGCCGGAGGCAGAGCCGUGAUCGACGAGCUGCAGCGCAACCUUCGUCUGUCGUCGGAACACGUCGAGGCGUCGCGCAUGGCCCUGCACCGGUUCGGGAACACGUCGAGCAGCUCGCUGUGGUACGAGCUGGGGUACAUCGAAGCCAAGGGCCGCAUGCGCCGCGGGGACCGCGUGUGGAUGAUCGGCUUCGGCAGCGGGUUCAAGUGCAACAGCGCGGUGUGGCGGUGCCUCCGCUCGGUGGAAACGCCGGUGGAGGGGCCGUGGGCGGAGUGCAUCCACCGCUACCCAGUGGACAUCCCCGAGGUGGUCAAGCUGCUGUAAUUACUGCAUGCAUGUUGCCACUUCAAUUCAUCUGAUCUUUAGUUAUUAUUCACUGGCGUUGUGAUUGUUACUGCACAGCGUCUUCGUCCGCUAGCCAGUUGUUACCUAUCUGGAUUACGUACGGUUGCUGUUGUAAUUCAUUAAGAAGGUUUUAAUGACCACAGCAAUUGAUUUGAGCAAA